CACGAGUUUCAUUAGUUCCGUUUUCGUGAAUCUCUGCGUGUGGGAACAAAGACGAAGAAGAGAAAGAGCAAACAAGACGAAGUGACACUGAUAGAAACCCUAGGGUUUUUUUUUAAUUCCGUCGAGGCGUAAUGUCGUCGGAGGUACAGAUUUCGCCGGCGAUUCACGACCCGCAAGGGCAAGAGAAGCAGCAGCAAGCCGCCGGAGUCGGAAUUUUGCUUCAGAUCAUGAUGCUCGUCCUCUCUUUUGUACUGGGUCAUGUCCUUCGCCGUCAUAAGUUCUAUUAUCUGCCUGAAGCUUCUGCUUCGCUUCUAAUCGGGCUGAUCGUUGGUGGUUUAGCCAACAUCUCGAACACGGAGACUAGCAUAAGGACAUGGUUCAAUUUCCACGAUGAGUUCUUCUUUCUGUUUCUGCUGCCUCCCAUCAUAUUCCAGUCAGGCUUCAGUCUGCAACCUAAACCUUUCUUUUCAAACUUUGGAGCCAUUGUCACUUUUUCAGUGCUUGGAACUUUUGUAGCUUCCAUGGUCACUGGAUUGCUAGUGUACCUUGGCGGAGUGAUGUUUCUCAUGUACAGACUUCCAUUCGUUGAGUGUCUCAUGUUUGGCUCUCUUAUCUCAGCCACUGAUCCUGUCACUGUAUUGUCUAUAUUUCAGGAACUUGGUUCAGAUGUAAAUUUGUAUGCCCUGGUGUUUGGAGAAUCAGUUUUAAAUGAUGCUAUGGCGAUAUCUCUCUACAGGACAAUGUCCUUGGUGAGAAGUCAUUCCUCUGGACAAAAUUUCUUUAUGGUGAUAGUCAGGUUUCUCGAAACGUUUGUUGGUUCAAUGUCUGCAGGCGUUGGAGUUGGAUUUACCUCUGCCCUCCUAUUCAAGUAUGCAGGACUGGAUGUUGACAAUCUGCAGAACUUGGAGUGCUGUCUCUUUGUUCUUUUUCCAUAUUUCUCAUACAUGCUUGCUGAAGGUCUCAGUCUUUCUGGCAUCGUAUCGAUUCUAUUUACAGGGAUUGUCAUGAAACAUUAUACCUACUCAAACUUGUCUGCAAAUUCUCAGCGAUUUGUGUCUGCAUUUUUUCAUCUGAUAUCUUCACUGGCAGAGACUUUUGUGUUCAUCUACAUGGGUUUUGAUAUUGCCAUGGAAAAGCAUAGUUGGUCACAUGUGGGAUUCAUCUUUUUCUCUAUUUUAUUUAUCGUAAUUGCAAGGGCAGCUAAUGUGUUUGGUUGUGGAUAUUUGGUCAAUCUGGCACGACCUGCUCAUAGGAAAAUACCAAUGACGCACCAAAAAGCACUUUGGUAUAGUGGACUUCGAGGUGCUAUGGCUUUUGCUCUUGCUCUGCAAUCUGUUCACGAUCUCCCAGAAGGACAUGGUCAAACUAUAUUCACUGCAACUACAGCCAUUGUUGUUCUGACGGUGUUACUGAUUGGAGGAUCCACUGGUACAAUGCUUGAAGCCCUAGAGGUUGUAGGUGAUAGCCACGAUCCAUCUUUAGGUGAUGGCUUUGAGGUGGUGAACAGUCGUUAUAUGACUAGUUAUGAUGAUGAAGAUACACCGUCAGGGAGUGGAUUCAGGACAAAAUUAAGAGAGUUCCAUAAGAGUGCGGCAUCAUUCACAGAACUAGAUAGGAACUACCUAACACCGUUCUUCACAAGUAACAACGGAGAUUAUGAUGAUGAGGGUAACAUACAGCAACACCAUGAAGAACGAAUCCCAUUUACUAGAAGAGGAAAUCUAAAUAACCGCGGCUAAAUCCCCGAGACAAGAUAUCUAGUUUUUCACUGGCAUAGAUGUACAUAAAACAAAAUGGGAUGUAUGGGAGGAAGUAGUGAGAAGGGUUUCUUCUAGAGAGUUCUCUCUAAUGUGGGACUGUGUUGUUGCUUUGAACCUCAAUGGAUAUUGUUAGGUUGGGACUAAUUACAUUCACAAAAAGAAGAAAAGGAAAAAAAAAAAAAAACUUGAUGGCCAUGACUGGUAUACUUGUCUAUCCCAGGAAUCUUGUUCCGUAUAAAUUUCUCUGGAAAUGCUAUGAAGGCCUUUUUGUCUUGUA